AGCCUGCGAGGGUCGGUGCGGGCUGGAGAGGCAGCAGGGAACCCCCCAGUGAAGAGACGAGGUAACUCCACUCAGAGAGGUUUGAAGGACCGCAGUGAAACCAUGCUCCAGCUUAGAACCCGCACUAAAGAGAAACCGUAUGAAUGUCCUGAGUGCGGGAGGAGCUUCACUCGCAACUCACACCUUAUUGUGCAUCACAGGAUCCACACAGGAGAGAGGCCCUAUGACUGCCUGGACUGUGAGAAGGGGUUCACUCAGGGUGCCGACCUGACGAAGCACCAGAGAACCCACACAGGAGAGAGACCCUAUCGCUGCCCUGAGUGCGGGAAACAGUUUGCCACUUUCUCCUCCCUUAUUUCACACCGGAGACUUCACACAGGAGAGAGACCCUACAAAUGCCCCGAGUGUGGGAAAAGCUUCAGUGCCAGCUCCAACCUUAUUGUGCACCAGAGAACCCACACUGGGCAGAGGCCCUGGACAUGCCCCGACUGUGAGAAAAGCUUCAGCGUGAGCUCCAACCUUAUCGCCCACCAGAGGAUCCACACGGGAGAGAGACCCUAUAAAUGCCCCGAGUGUGGGAAAGAGUUCACUCAGAGCUCCCACCUCCUUUCCCACCAAAGAAUUCACACGGGAGAGAGACCCUACGAAUGCCUCGAUUGUGGGAAGAGCGUCAGCGAGGGCUCAGACCUUACUAAGCACCAGAGGAUUCACACGGGAGAAAGACCCUAUAAAUGUCCUGAGUGUGGAGAAAGCUUCAGCCAGAGCUCCAGCCUGAUUAAACACCAGAGAGUCCACACCGGAAAAAACCCCUAUAACUACCCUGAGUGCGGGAUAAGUUUCCAGCUGAGCUCCACCCUUAUUGCUCAUCAGAGAAUCCACACAAGAGAGACUCUAUAAAUGUCCAUUCUGUGGGGAAGGCUGCAAGUGGAAGAUCUCUCUAAUGUCCCACUAGACACGCCACAGAGAAGGUGGCAGGAGCUCUCCCUGAAUGUAAUGAUUCUAUGCCCUGCUGACGCAACGUACAAACGUGCUUCAUUUCAGGAUGGUCUAGGUAUAGGGGGGCCAGGUGGAUGUUUUGGGUUUCAGUGUGGCCAGAGGAGGGAGCACUGGGUACUGGGGAGACGGGUUAUUUCAAGGUCUGGGGGGAGCAGGUGUUGAAAUUAGUGAGGAGACAUUUCUGCAGGGGCCACACACACUUGCCAGGUCAGAGAAGAGGUGAAGAUGCCCCAUUGCACUUUGCGUCCAUGUUGUCUCUGCAGCUCCCAAAGCCUCUCAGGGUGGGGGUGAGGGCAGGGGAUGCUGUUGUUAUAAUUAUUGGUGUCAUGGCCCAUGACCCUCUGCACCAGGCACUGUGCAAACAUGGAAUGAAAAGCCAGUCCCUGCCCCAAAGAGUUUACAAUCUAAGUGGAGAAACGGGACAACAGAUGGAGACGGACAGAUGGGGGGCGGGGAUCCAAGAAAGAAGACAGUAUUGGUAGCAUGACGGGUAGCAUGCUCAGCAUACCAGCACCCUAACCACUGUCAGGUUUUUUUGCAGGCCUCACAGCAAAGGAGAGUUUUAAGUUUUUCAGGGAAAGAGUGGGGGGCCCUGUGGGUCCAUAGUCCAAAGCCACAAGAGCUGCUGAUCCGAAGUGAGAGGAUGGACUCUGUAAAUGCAGGGGCUGGAGACUGGGGAAUUCAAGGGGGAGAUUCCCAGAGAGAUGGGAGAUUGCCCUGUUCCUGAGAGUGCAGUAUGGUGUAGUAGUGAGAGCAGGGGGAAUUGGGCCUCAGGAGUCCUGGGUUUAGUUCCUAGCUCCAAGCGGGAGUGUGAUCUAGUAGUUAGAGCAGGGUGGGGGUGACUGCUGAGCUCAAUAACCAGCUCUGCUAGUGUCACUUCAUCCCAAUCACUUCCUCUCCUUUCUCUGCAUGUGCCUCUUCCAUCUGUGCAAUGGGGAUAAGUCACACACCAUCCCAGGGAGUCGUCAUUAAUUACUGUGUGUUCAGAGGCUCAGGAGGACAGAGGUGCCAAGGGAGGGGAAGUGUCAUUGUUACUGUGUUUCAUUAUUAUCUGAUCCUCUCCCAUCCCACCCCAGCUGUCUCAUUAGUGGAAGGGGAAGGGGAGGGUUUCAUCUGUUUCUAGGGAGGGGCUCAGCUCACAUUGUCACAUACUGGGCUUAUUCCUGAACUAACUGCCCUGGGAGGGCUUUUCUUUUUGUUUCUGGAUGGGGCAGGGGAGAGGUGGGGUCCUGUUUUUUUGGUUUUCUGCAAUAGCAGAGACUGGAUCGAAUGACACAGAAGCCCCCUUCCAGUUCUAUGUUCCUGCUUCUGGAAACGCAAGUUUCAGAGGAAUGUUUAUGUCUUGCUAAAGUUUUUACCUAAUUGGAUUUUGAUUUUCCCAGAUAAAU